AACUAGGGUUUUAGGGGGAGGAUUUCCUUUGCUUGCAGCAACCUAAAAAAAAAAGAAGAAAAGUGAGAGAGCGCAAUGAUGGCCACAUCAAGACUGUUUGCAAGGUGCAGGGGAUUGGUAGCAGUGGCGAAGGCUUCCUCUGCUUCCUUUGCUUCUGCUUCAAAUGCAAAUGGAAAGGGCCUUAUGCAGGUGAUGACUGUCUCUCCACAGUUGGGCAAGUUCCUUGGAGCCUCCCAAGCUUCUCGCACCGACGCCCUUAAGAAGACUUGGGACUACAUCAAGCACCACAAGCUCCAGAACCCUGCAAACAAGAGGGAGAUUCUUUGUGAUGAGCAGUUGAAGACGAUAUUUGCCGGGAAGGACACGGUUGGAAUGUUUGAGAUCACCAAAUUGCUCUCCCCACAUUUUGUGAAAUCUAACUAAUGUUUGGCUUAGCCUUUUUGGAAACCUAAGUUGCAAUAUGAUGAAUAUGAGAAAUGCUUUUGUCAUCCAUCUUUUUGGUACAAAUGCUUUUGUCACCAAAUCCUAAUGGUUGAAUAUAAAAGCUUGUUAGAAAACCCUUUAUUGAUCCACCUAUUAGAGAAAUAAUCUGGAACAUGCUGAUCAUGAUGCUUAUCACCUAUCUUUUAUUCUGAUGAUAUCUUGGUUUUUCUUGGA